CUCACUCUCUCUCUCACUCUCACUCUCUCUCUCGCUCCGUCAGUGUGUUGUGUAGUAUGGUUGAGGCUGUGUGCGCGUCUCUCAGUACAGAUGCUGAAGGGUGAUUACUCUUCUCUGUGACUCACGGCAUUGUGGAUUUGACAUGAUCGUCUGGUUCAGAGUAAUGGAGCGGAUCACCAUGUAGACAGCAGCCGACGGGAAGCAGGUAGAAUGGGAAACCACGUAUGGAGCGCCGCCGGUCUGCAGCCGUGGUGAGCGCAGACGUCCUCAGGACCUCAGCCGGGAUCUCACGGAUGGCUGUCGCGUCCCAGUUCGCGUAACGCAGAGGAGACUCUCUUCAAUAGCAGACAGCGGACCGGAUCUGUUUUUUUCUUCAUCCUCCUCUCUUACCUUCUAUUCUCUUCUCCUGCAUUGCUCUCGUUUUUUUUUUAGACACCUGUUCUCCAGCCACAGCAGGGACCGUUUUUCCUCAUUUUGAUUAAGAAAAGCUACCGAGCAAUACUCAGCCAUCAUGGGGGACAUGACGAAUAGCGAUUUUUACACCAAGAACCAAAGAAACGACAGCAACCAUGAGGGAGGAUUUGGCUGCUCGCUCAUGGAGCUGCGUUCCCUCAUGGAGCUCAGAGGAACGGAGGCAGUGGUCAAAAUUCAGGAGGACUACGCAGGUGUGGAGGGACUGUGCCAGCGGCUGAAAACCUCGCCGACAGAGGGUCUGGCUGGAGAUGCCACAGAUCUAGAUAAAAGAAAAGAAGUCUUCGGGCAAAAUCUUAUACCUCCAAAGAAGCCAAAAACUUUUUUACAGUUAGUGUGGGAAGCAUUACAAGAUGUGACCCUCAUUAUCCUCGAAAUUGCAGCCAUGAUCUCUCUGGGUCUGUCCUUUUAUCAGCCUCCUGGAGAGGGCAGCGAGUCCUGCGGGACAGCGAAUGCGGGUGCGGAGGACGAAGGGGAAGCAGAGGCCGGUUGGAUCGAGGGGGCUGCCAUCUUACUCUCAGUGGUCUGUGUUGUUCUGGUCACGGCCUUCAACGACUGGAGCAAAGAGAAACAGUUCAGGGGUUUACAGAGCCGCAUCGAACAGGAGCAGAAAUUCCAGGUGGUGCGUGGAGGACAGGUCAUCCAGCUCCCUGUGUCAGAUAUUGUCGUUGGCGAUAUUGCACAAAUCAAGUAUGGUGACCUGCUCCCAGCUGAUGGGGUCUUGAUACAAGGCAACGAUCUGAAGAUUGAUGAGAGUUCUCUGACGGGAGAAUCCGACCACGUGCGCAAAUCUGCAGAUAAAGACCCCAUGCUUCUCUCUGGCACCCAUGUGAUGGAGGGCUCGGGUCGGAUGGUGGUCAUGGCUGUCGGGGUGAACUCUCAGACCGGGAUCAUCUUCACUUUGCUCGGUGCUGGCGGAGAGGAGGAGGAGAAAAAAGAGAAGAAAGGUCAGGCUCUGGAGGACGGCCAUCACCUGGCAGACUGCUCCCAUCCCUCCUCACACCCCAUCGCGACUAUAGCUACCGAUGGUGCGGCAAGCGCAAAUGCCCCUGGUAAUACCAGCCUAGUCAAUGGUAAAAUGCAGGAUGGAAAUAUGGAGAACAACCAGACCAAAGUGAAAAAGCAGGAUGGUGCUGCGGCAAUGGAGAUGCAGCCCUUGAAGAGCGCGGAGGGUGGAGAAACCGAUGACAAAGAGAAGAAGAAGGCCAAUGUCUCCAAGAAAGAGAAGUCCGUUCUGCAAGGAAAACUGACAAAGCUGGCUGUGCAAAUCGGCAAAGCAGGUUUGGUGAUGUCUGCCAUUACAGUCAUCAUCCUGGUGCUUUACUUUGCGAUCGAUAACUUUGUGCUUCAGAAGAGGCCGUGGCUGCCGGAGUGCACUCCGGUCUACAUUCAGUAUUUUGUCAAAUUCUUCAUCAUUGGUGUUACAGUCCUGGUGGUGGCUGUUCCUGAAGGCCUUCCGCUGGCUGUUACCAUCUCUCUGGCCUACUCUGUGAAGAAAAUGAUGAAGGAUAACAAUUUGGUGCGCCAUCUGGACGCUUGUGAGACCAUGGGCAAUGCCACAGCUAUCUGCUCAGACAAGACUGGGACGCUGACCACCAACCGAAUGACAGCAGUGGAGUGCUUUGUGGCUGAUGUCCAUUACAAGGAGAUACCAGAUCCCAGCUCCAUCCCCGCCAAAACUCUGGAAACACUGGUCAACGCUAUAUCCCUCAACAGCGCCUACACUACUAAAAUACUGCCUGCAGAUAAGGAUGGAGGUCUUCCCAAACAAGUGGGCAACAAAACCGAGUGUGGCCUGCUGGGACUGGUCCUUGACCUGAAACGAGACUACCAGACCGUUCGGAACCAGAUCCCAGAGGAGAAACUCUACAAGGUGUACACGUUCAACUCUGUGAGGAAGUCAAUGAGCACCGUCAUCAAGCUUCCAGACGGCAACUUCAGAAUGUACAGCAAAGGAGCGUCAGAAAUCGUCCUUAAAAAGUGUUCUUACAUUCUGAACGAGGUGGGCGAACCUCGCGUUUUCAGGCCGAGGGACAGGGACGAGAUGGUGAAGAAAGUGAUCGAACCCAUGGCCUGCAGCGGACUCAGAACCAUCUGUGUGGCCUACCGGGACUUUUCCGGAAACCCUGAGCCCAACUGGGAUGACGAAAACAACAUCUUGACCGAGCUGACCGCAAUAUGUGUUGUUGGAAUUGAGGAUCCUGUCAGACCCGAGGUGCCCGACGCCAUCCUGAAAUGCCAGCGUGCUGGAAUCACUGUGCGUAUGGUGACAGGAGACAACAUCAACACGGCACGAGCUAUCGCUAUUAAAUGUGGCAUCAUCCAGCCCGGAGAAGACUUCCUGUGCAUCGACGGGAAAGAGUUCAACAGGAGGAUCAGAAAUGAGAAGGGAGAGGUUGAGCAGGAGCGCAUUGAUAAAGUCUGGCCUAAACUGCGAGUGCUUGCCAGAUCCUCCCCGACGGACAAACACACACUGGUCAAAGGUAUUAUUGACAGCACUCUGGUGGACCAGCGGCAGGUGGUUGCUGUAACCGGCGAUGGAACCAAUGACGGUCCGGCCCUUAAGAAGGCAGAUGUCGGUUUUGCCAUGGGAAUCGCAGGGACAGAUGUGGCCAAAGAGGCGUCUGACAUCAUCCUGACAGAUGACAACUUCUCCAGCAUCGUGAAAGCCGUGAUGUGGGGACGCAACGUCUACGACAGCAUCUCAAAGUUCCUCCAGUUCCAGCUGACCGUUAACGUGGUGGCCGUGAUCGUUGCCUUUACCGGAGCCUGUAUCACACAGGAUUCUCCUCUUAAAGCAGUGCAGAUGUUGUGGGUAAACCUGAUCAUGGACACGUUUGCAUCUUUGGCUUUGGCCACCGAACCGCCCACUGAGUCUCUGUUGAUGAGGAAACCCUACGGCCGAAACAAACCCCUGAUCUCCAGCACCAUGACCAAGAACAUCCUGGGCCACGGCGUGUACCAGCUCAUCAUCAUCUUCACGCUGCUGUUUGCGGGCGAGCAGAUCUUUGACAUCGACAGCGGCAGGAACGCGCCGCUGCAUUCUCCCCCGUCUGAGCACUACACCAUUAUCUUCAACACCUUCGUCAUGAUGCAGCUCUUCAACGAGAUCAACGCCCGCAAGAUCCACGGGGAGAGAAACGUGUUUGAAGGCAUUUUCAGAAAUCCCAUCUUCUGCUCCAUUGUCCUGGGCACUUUCGCCAUUCAGAUUGUGAUUGUUCAGUUUGGAGGAAAGCCAUUCAGCUGUUCUCCUCUGGACCUGGAGAAGUGGAUGUGGUGUGUGUUCCUGGGGCUGGGAGAGCUGGUCUGGGGACAGGUUAUAUCAACAAUCCCAAACAGCAAGCUGAGGUUCCUCAGAGGGGCUGGUCGGCUGACGCAAAAGGAUGAAAUGACGGCCGAGGAGGAGAUGAACGAGGACCAGGAGGAGAUCGAUCACGCGGAGAGAGAGUUGCGGCGAGGGCAGAUCCUCUGGUUCAGAGGCCUCAACAGAAUCCAGACUCAGAUACGUGUUGUGAACGCAUUUCGUAGCUCGCUCUACGAAGGCUUGGAAAAACCCGAAUCCAGAACCUCCAUCCACAAUUUCAUGACUCAUCCUGAGUUUAGAAUAGAGGACUCCACACCUCACAUUCCUCUUAUAGACGACACCGACAUUGACGACGAGGCGGCCAGGAAGAACUCCAGUCAGCCCACGUCUCCAAACAAGAACAACAACGCCAUCGAUAGCGGUAUAAACCUGACAACCGACACGAGUAAAUCUGCUGCUUCCUCCAGUCCCGGGAGCCCGCUUCAUAGUCUGGAGACAUCGCUUUAGCCACAUCCCGUGGGAGAUCACUCCAUAAUCAUCUUAAACUCUACAUUUAAAAGCACUCCGGAGCGCAUGCGAACUGUUGACUGAACGUGUGGUCGCGCCACUUUCUUUUAUCGAACGCACGAACGACGACUGACUCGGAUGAUCGCGGAGUGACUCGAGAAACUAUACAAGAAACCACGAGCGCAAGCACGGCGCUCCCAUUUCCUGAGGAAACGAAAGACUAUUACGAGUAAUUUAAAUCAAAUUCUGCUAUUAUCGUUGCUCCUGCAUGAAUGUACAUUACCCAGGUUUUUAUUUGGAAACCUUUAUUUUUAUUUAAACGGUUUGAUUUGAUUUGGUGGGACGUGCGGUGGACUGCUAUUUUAAGACAGCUUCUCUGAUUCACUGAUCUGUGAGUAUUGUGUGUGGCAUGUAUCUAAUUGUAUAGAUUUAUUUGGUUAUUGAUUAAGGUGUAUCCAGGUCGCAGGGCUCAACUUGCACAGUAGAUUUGCACCUGUCGGAAAAGAGAAACCCAUGGAAAUUAGAAUUUAUUAAGCGUACAUAUAUAUUUAUAGACAUAUUAUAAAUAUAUAUUUACAGAGUUUAUCUUUAUUUGUUGGCAUGUUGCCUUGUUCUGCUUCAAUAACUACUUUAACUUAUUUAUGUCCUAAAGAGAAUGUAAUUUGUUUACAAAACCUGUAGAUACGUCCUGGUUUCUUUGUAGGGUUCAAAACCACGCAGCAGACGUAGAUGGAACAGCUCACGUUGUUCAGUACUCCUGUAAUAUCGGACUCUAGAUGUUUUAUUACCAAUUGUGCGCUGGACUUGCCUGCUAUUUUGUCAAAUAAUGUAGAUAUUUUUAGAAGAUAACAAAAGAAACCAAAAUAUAGUGGGAUAUAUCAUUAAUGUGGCGUCGUAGUAUUAAACGAGUGUCGGGGUCGACGGCUCUGAGCAGCCCCCGAGAAAAUCCGAUCGGUUUUGCUGGAUUUGAAGGUUUCGUCGAAGUCAACGCUUGCAAUGAACUUGUGGUCGGCCUCAAAUGUGAGCAUAAUAUAUAUAUCAGGUUGGGUUUAAAUAUCUUCUUUAGAAGUACAUACUAUUUAACAUAAAAUAGUUUCAGUUCCGUGUGACCAUCGAAAGCUGCGAUGGGUUUUAUGUUGGAAACAUGUAAACUAAGUUAUAUUUGGCAUCUCUGUAUGGAAAUCAAAAUUGUGUUCAAAUAUUGUGAUCUAUUGUGUUGAUUCUUCUUUUUGACAUUUAAUUUGUAGAUUUCUUUUGGUUGAAGGAAAUGAACCCAGCUCCUGAGCUGACGACACUUUGAAAAACUGAAUUAUGUAAUGUAACGAAACAAAACCAAGAAGGAAUGUUGCUUUUGACUCUUUUCUGAAGAAAAAAAAAGGAAAACCCAAACCAAUAACAACAAAAAAAUGACACACACACACACACACACACACACGCACACGCAUUUAUGAUCCUUUUCUGCACUAUCCGGAUAUGAAUGAAUUUCUGUGGUGUAAAUUUAGAUGUGCUUCUGUGUUCAAAUCAAGCUUGUCUUCCUGCAGUCAGUAAAUAUACUCUAGCAUCUCAACAGUAUUCACUAGUCGUUAACUAUUUAUUGUACUUUAGAAGUAAAAGGACAAAUGGGAGUCUGUCAGAAGGCACACUUAUAAAGUCACCCAUGUAUUCAUUAAUAUUCUUUGCAAUUAUUAGCAUUUGGAAAGGCAUGAUGUCAUACACUAAUAUGCAACUCAUGUUUCGCCAUCAUUCUCAAAAUUUUACUUGUUUUUUGAAAAUUUUCCUCAUCAAGAUAAGGUGCACAAGCUUUAACUGUUAGCUCAGGCAUACUCAAUGAGAGAAAUAUACAAAAACUUUUGUUUUUUCCCCAGAAAUCUUUUACCCUGUAUCAUGUUAAAGGGACAGCUCGCCUAAAAAUGACAAUUCUGUCCUCAUUUACUCCGUUUGGUCUGCACGACUUCUUCACUAUACUCCUAGUCUUCUGAGGUCAAACAAGAAGAUUGAAGUCUGAAAAUCUUCACACAUCACCCAUAGGUCUCCUUAGCAUGUUCAAAUAAUGAUAAACAUGCAAGAUAUGUUCAAUUUAAUUCGAAAACAGAUGCAGUUCUCGAGUCAGUAAAUGAGAACUCUUCGUUUUUGGGUGAACCACUGUAUCCCUUUAACACGUUUCAAACCCUCAUUCACAAUCAUUCUCACAACUGUUGUACACCGACCAAAAGAAUCGCCUCUGACACGUUGAAAGGCGACGCAGGGGAGUUUGUCUGAAAUGUGUGUGGACUGCAAUGACUCCAGACGAGAUCUUUUACGGUAUGACUGGCCACUUCCGUUCAAUUCAGUUUCGUUUUGUUCUGCGCCCUGUGUUGACGGGCCAAAUAACGGAUGCAGUUUAAAAUGUUUAACCAAUAAAUCGGAAGGAUGACAGCAUUCUAAUAAUAAUCACGAAUAAUAAUAUUUCUUGCAAUACAUCAGCUUCUAUGUACUGUACUUAGCAGCAUGCGUUUUGUGGAACAAAGAGCAUACGACGCCACAGGUACUUUUGGCGCACUAGCAAUUUAUGGGUAAAUGAAAAGUGUUCAUCCAUCUUGUUUUUAUGAAUUUUAUAAUCUAUACAAUAAUUGUAAAUAAAAAAACUCAAUGUCUUUGUUCAUUUAAUACUAUGCAAAAAGUCAAGCUUUCUGAUUGUUUCUCAUCUACCCUUAGAGUGUGUUGCUGGAAUGUUUGUGGUCUCAAAGUCAGUAAAACAAACAAACAAAAAAAUUGUGAUGUAAAUGAUUUUCUAGCCUGAGAACAUGAACUGACUCUUGUUGCUUCCCUGUCCAUACCACGAUUCCAGACAGGAGCGCAAGUGAUACAAAUGAAAUGGAAGAAAAAAUGAAAAACAAGCACUUAAUAAAUUCCCCGAGGAGCAUGAA